AUGUCACCAUCAAAAUUAGAUAAUAUUCAACCUAUUGACAUCUCCACUUUUCAACAUGAAUCAAUAGUUUAUCAUAAACAAGAUUCUUCAUAUUGGUUUUAUGAGAAAUCAAGUGAAUCAUUUCCUGGUCAAGCAUUUGGUCUUAAAAUUGAAUCAGUCUUAUAUCAUACCAAAUCUGAAUUUCAAGAUAUUCUAAUUUUAAAAACUACAAAUUUUGGUAAUUGUUUAAUUUUAAACGGUAUUAUUCAAUGCACAGAAAGGGAUGAGUUUGCAUAUCAAGAAGUAAUUACAAAUUUACCAUUAAUGUCCCACCCAAAUCCUAAAAAAAUUUUAGUCAUUGGAGGUGGUGAUUGUGGAGUAAUUAGAGAAUUAAUCAAGCAUAUAAAGAAUAAUGAUAAUCUAAUUGAUUCAAUCACAAUGGUAGAAAUAGAUAAUAUGGUUAUAGAAUUAAGUAAAAAGUUUCUCCCACAAAUGUCAAAAUAUCAUAAUCAUCCAAAAUUAAAUUUGGCUAUUCAAGAUGGAUUCAAAUUUUUAAAUGAAACUGAUGAAAAGUUUGAUAUUAUAAUUACUGAUUCAUCAGAUCCAGAAGGUCCAGCACAAGAAUUUUUUGAAAUUGAUUAUUUUAAAUUAUUACAAAAUUGUCUUAAUGGUGAAGAUGGGAUAGUUAUAGCACAAUCUUCAGAAAAUAUUUGGUUAAAUUUAGAAUAUUUAAAAAAUUUAAAAGAAAAAUGUGAAUCUGUAUUUAAUAAUGUUGGAUAUGCUCAAUGCUAUAUGCCAAGUUAUACUUCUGGACAAUUGGGUUUAUUAAUUGCUACAAUGAAUAAAGAUAUUAAUUUGAUUGAUCCAAUUAGAAAAUUCUCAAAAGAUGAAGAAUCAAAAUUGUUUAAAUAUUAUUCUUCUGAUGUACAUAAAUCAUCAUUUGUUUUACCAACUUGGGCAAAUGAUUACUUAAAUGAAUAA